CUGAGAACCGUCUUUCAAAUGGCUUGCUUGGUAGUUCAUGGUAGUCAGCCGCAUUCAAUGUGGGACUAGGGGGGGACCAGUCGAUGACGACUGCUUACCUCUGGAGAGCUCUGAAUAUUGAAGGAGCUCAGCUUCUUGGGUCGAUCGAUCCCAUCACUCUGUCGAAAACCGACUGGAAGAUUUGUCAGCUGCUGAUCCGCGGUCCAAGUGGACGCAUGCGGGAGCGUGUCCGGCAUUUGCUUAUUUCUGUGUCGUUCCUUGUUGGCUGGGGACGUUUUGUUUCGUUUAGCUUGUGCGGCUUCAUAGCUUGUGAAUGAGAACAUGUGAAUUGUUAGCUCCAAAGUUGUAAACUCCGUGAUUUCGACAUCUGUUCUGUUAUUUUUCCCUAUUGUGAAACUCCUCGAUAGUGUCAUCUGAAGGGGAAAGGAGGCCUGCUGUUUCGUUUUGAUUUGGAGGUUCGAGCUCCGUAUAUCGGCUUUGAAAGCAGCAGUCUAUUGUGCUGGACCUUCAUGAUGGGGAUUUGGACGGCAUUCAAGACUCUUGCCGCGGCUUUGCUGCUGGUAGCUAUGAUACUGAAGCCGGUUGUGGAAGCUCAGCUGCAGUAUGGAUACUAUGAGACCUUGGGGUGUCGUGGGGUGGAGAAUCUAGUGCGAACAUCAGUGGGGCUUAGUUUCCUGACGGACCCUACAGCAAGCGCUGCAAUGCUGCGUCUUGCUUUCCAUGACUGUCAAGUUGGACCGGGAGGGUGUGAUGGCUCUAUAAUGGUAGAGGGCAAUGGCAGAGAGAUGGACGCUGGCGGCAACUUUGGCGUAAAGCGCCUGGACAUUAUCAACUCCGUGAAAGCCGAUUUAGAGAGGAUGUGUCCUAUGACGGUUUCCUGCGCGGACAUUAUCGCCAUGGUCGGACGGGAUGCAGUUGCCUUCAGUGGUGGCCCUGAAAUUCAAAUACCUCUCGGGAGAAAGGAUGCAGAUUUCUCCAGCGCAUCUGAGGCCGAUGCUAAACUCCCGCCCUCCACCUCCAGUGUGGACACAAUCCUUAGUGUCUUCGCUCCCUUUGGCAUGAGCUUGGCAGAAAGUGUUGCCAGCUUAGGAGCACACACUCUCGGAGGAGGCCAUUGCAAAAACAUCCAAGAUCGUCUGCGAUUCAACAGUCCAACUGCCCCUACCAGCCUCCUCUACCGCACGCAAUUGCGGGCGGCAUGCGUAGUGAACGUGUUCGACAUCGCAAUCCUCAACAACGACGCGUCUCAGUUCACAUUCGACAACCAGUAUUUUAAAGACAUUCAGAAUGGACGAGGCCUCUUCACCGUCGACAACCUGCUCAGCACAGAUCCACGGACAGCGCCCAUCGUGUCGCUGUACGCGACCAACGAGGCUGCCCUCUUCGCCGCUUUUCAGUCGGCGUACGUGACACUGACCUCACGAGCCAUGACGGGAACACAAGGCAGCGUGAGGAGCACCUGCCAUCUCUAGAGCCAAACUCCAUCUCCAUCUCCCUCCCUCCCGAGCCAGUGCCGCCAUGGAAUCCGAUUCCCCCCUCCUCCUCUGCAACAACAACUACAACAACAACUCCUCUUCCUCCUCCUCCUCUUCCUCCUCCUCUUCCUCCUCCUCCUCCUCCUCCUCCUCUUUCCCUUCACAUGUACCGAUUAUACAUUCUUAUCUAUACAUUUAUGCUUUCAAUUCCGGAAAUACGUCCAGGGGCUUCCAUUCAAGCCGACCUGCCUUCACUGUUAAUUUUCUGUAUAGGGAAAACAAAGUUUACAAAUAAUCAACAAGCAAUGCCCAUUCGGACUGGACAUGAACUUGCCA